UCUCUCUUGUCGCGCAAAUCCAGCAUUUUCAUUUCUCUCUCCGAUCGCUGCGUUCUCUCUCUCUCUCUCUCUCGCGUCCUCUGUUACGUUAGACCUUUUUGUUUUCGUACACACGAAGAAAGAACUAAUCUCUCUGAUCGAAAUCGAUCGGGUCGCAGUCUGGUGUUUGGGUUUUCGUUCGUCGAGAUUGCGGGUAGAAAAGAAAUGGGGCAACAAUCGUUGAUCUACAGCUUCGUCGCUCGCGGCACGGUGAUUCUCGCCGAGUACACCGAGUUCAUGGGCAAUUUCACCUCGGUCGCCGCACAGUGCUUGCAAAAGCUCCCGUCUUCGAACAACAAGUUUACCUACAAUUGCGAUGGUCACACGUUCAAUUACCUCGUUGAAAAUGGCUUCACCUAUUGUGUUGUUGCCGUUGAAUCUGUUGGGAGGCAGAUUCCAAUGGCAUUCUUGGAGCGUGUUAAGGAGGAUUUUAACAAGAGAUAUGGUGGGGGGAAAGCUGCUACUGCUCAAGCCAACAGCCUGAACAGAGAGUUUGGGUCUAAACUGAAGGAGCACAUGCAGUACUGCGUGGAUCACCCCGAGGAGAUCAGCAAACUUGCCAAGGUGAAGGCUCAGGUGUCCGAAGUUAAGGGUGUUAUGAUGGAAAACAUCGAGAAGGUCCUUGACCGUGGUGAGAAAAUCGAGCUUUUGGUGGACAAAACUGAGAACCUCCGCUCACAAGCGCAAGAUUUCAGAACACAAGGAACUCAGAUGAGGAGAAAGAUGUGGCUGCAGAACAUGAAGAUAAAGCUCAUAGUCCUGGGCAUCAUCAUCGCCUUGAUCCUCAUCAUCGUGUUGUCGAUUUGUCAUGGCUUCAAGUGUACCUAGCAUGGAAUUAUCAGUCCCCAUACUGCUACUAAGCUGAUUGAAACUCCUUUUGGUAAAUGUCCGCGUUUGUUUUUUGCCGUCGUUCUAUCUUCUCUCUUCUCUGUUAGAUGGGUUUGCCCUUUUCUUUGUUUCUUUUUCAAUUGUUUUUGUUAGUGUAAACCUUCUCGAUACUGAAAAUGAUCUUUGAUGGAUCAAUGAUUGAAACAGAUUUAAAACU